GCAGUCUGGCAUCACCGAACCUUCACUUAUAUCGUGCCUCGGCUAAUAACAACCAGUAAUGUGAUAUGAUUAGCUUAGUUGAGUUCAGUUUAGUUCGUAUUCGUUCAGUUUAGUGGUUCACCAGUAAAAUCACAUCGAGUUAAAGCCAUUUAUGCCAAUAAAUAUGAAGAGAAUGGGGGUAGUUUGAUUGAACCAAUUCGAGGCAAUUCCUGACGAUUACUUGCUUUCAUUGAGGCAGUCUUCACUCCAGUACUCGACAUCAGUAGCAGGCUGUCCGUCGUCCACACUAGAUGGUCUUUAUCAUAAUUAUUAGAGCUUAUUAUUUACAAGAAAUCACGAUUCUAUAAAACAAAUGCACACCUCUUUAAUGAUAUUCUGAUACAAUAAUUUAUUUCGUAAAUUGGGGUUCGAGAAAUAAUUUUAAAACAAUGGUAGGCAGUAUCAUACCCGUAUAUCUUUUGAUAUCGCUAGCCUUUCGUGCUUUGGACUCAUCUUUACAAGCUAUUCUCAUUGGCCAAUCAUUCAUUCGACAUCGUGGGCGGUGCCACAAACCAUCCUUUAAAUAUAAAUGUGUGUGAGUGUAGUAUCAUUAGCUCAGUUCUCUCAGUUCGGACGACUGACCGUGCUGUAAGCUUGACAAGCUCAUCAGUCGUUUACCAAGGUCUAUCAUAUCUAGUUCAUUUCGUUAACACUGCUUAAAAUUAAUCGAAAUUGAUCAUAACUAACAAUAAUUGAUCGCAAUUGGUUGAGAUUUUAUUACCGCGUUGACCUAAAACGAAUUUACCGAAUAAUCGUAAUUAAGUAUUUUUAUAUUUUUGCAUGACGGUAUUAAAUAAAUAAUUGUUUUUAUUUCUAUAAAGCAUAAAUUACGCAUUUAUAUUACAUAUAAAUUAAGUGAGCUUUUACUUAUAUGAAUCUGGUUGAUUAUACUCAAGAGUUGAUUUGUUUGGAUUAUCUGUGAAUCAAGAGUUGAACCUUUCAACAGCACUUCGUUUCAUUUUUGUUCCAAUUAAUAGAUUGAACUGAGAAUAACAAAUUAUUUAGCAAGAUUAUGGACGGUGCCCCUUUUGACGACCAACUAUUUUCUGAUUUUGGUGGCCGCACUGGUUCUGGAGUGCAUAGUAUUCAAGUGAUGUUAGGAUUACAUGGAACACCUCAUACUGCAGAUCUUAUACCACCAGGUGGUCAUUUACACAAACUUGACUCAUCCGACGGCUCACCUUCUCAUCAUCAGAACCCUCAUCAUCUUCAAUCAAUACAGCAACAACAAUCGCAGCAACAGCAACAACCGCAACAACAACAGCAGCAACAACAACAAAAAGAGCUCAAGGAUCUUGAACUCACUGGAAUUUAUUCACCUUCAACACAAACUCCAGAUGUUACCACAUCAACUACCGCUUCACCAACGUCUAGUUCUAUAGCUCUGCAACAAAAUCUUCAUUUAAACAAUACACUUAAGCGGAAGUCCGAUGAUUCAAUUAAUUCAAUAGCACAUGUUACAAGCGAUUCUCAACCUCCUAAGAAAGAUUCAAAAAAGAAAGCUGACAACAAUGGAAUUAAAAAAAAGAAAACAAGAACAACUUUUACUGCGUAUCAAUUAGAAGAAUUAGAGCGGGCAUUUGAACGUGCUCCUUAUCCGGAUGUAUUUGCAAGAGAAGAGCUGGCACUUAAGCUAGCUCUUUCGGAAUCACGAGUUCAAGUAUGGUUCCAAAACCGUCGAGCCAAAUGGCGUAAGAGAGAGCCACCUCGCAAAACUGCAGGGUAUAUGACCGCCGGUUCAGCAAGUCCUGGGUUAACAGGAUCAUUUUCUUCAUUAAAUAAUAGCCUCAAUCCUUUCACCUCAAGCACAAAUGUUGCAACAGCAACACCACCAGAUGCCUGGGCUUAUUCUCCAGCUUAUGACCUCGCGCCUCAUCUUAAUCUUCUGAGUCCUUCAAAUUCACCAUAUUCAAGUUCCUUCGCAGGCCCAAGUAAUAAUGGAUCUGCAUAUUCUUACGCGACAAUGCUACCACAACACGACACAUCACUUUUUUCUGCACCUUCAAAUAACACAAUGCGUGUUCAUCAAGAUUAUAUGACUGCAACUAAUAAUAGCCCGCCACCAGCUCUAAUGCGAGCUGAUUACCAAAGUAUGGUAUCAGCACACUCGCCUCAACACUCAAAUCAUCUUGGUUCAAGCGGAAAUGUUAAUUCUAUGUCAGAAGAUGAGCAUCAACAAAACAAACAACUUGAAUACGUAGCUGGUCUCAGUCCAACUGACAAAUAUCAUCAUGAUCAAUCAGAUUAUACGUCUCAUCAUCAUCAUCAACAAUCUCAAGAAUCUUCUCAUCAAAAACCAGGAUACGGUAUAUCAUCAUCACCACCUUCUACUCGUCAAGCUAUUAAAGAUGAAGUCCUUGUUAAAAGUGAACCUACCGGACAACAAAGUUAUGUGCAACUUCCGUCUUUUUUGAAUUAACUCGGACCCUCAGGUUCCGAGUUAGAUAUAACCCAUCAUCCCAGUAAAACACUCUAUUCUGUAAUCACUGUUACACUAACGUAAAUAUAAAAUUUUUACGUCCUUAUUAUUAUUAUUAAA